AUGCCGUUCGCCCAACUCGUGAUCGGACCCCCGGGCGCGGGAAAAUCGACAUACUGCAACGGGAUGCAGCAGUUCAUGGGGGCGAUCGGACGCAAGUGCUCGAUCGUGAAUCUCGACCCGGCCAACGAACACACGUCGUACAGGUCCGCUGUCGACGUGCGGGAUCUCGUGACGCUCGAGGCUAUCAUGGCCGACGACGACACCCGGCUCGGCCCCAACGGCGGCGUGCUCUACGCGCUCGAAGAGCUGGACGAGAAUGUCGAGUGGUUGGAGGAGCGCCUGAAGACGUUGGGGGACGACUAUGUCCUCUUUGACUGUCCCGGGCAGGUCGAGCUGUUUACGCAUCAUGCUAGUUUGCGGAGGGUGCUUGUGGUCGUCAACCUGAUUGACUCAUACGCCUUGACGCUUCCGUCGUUAUACAUCUCUACCCUCCUGCUCAGCCUACGUAGUAUGCUGCAGAUGGACCUGACGCACAUCAACGUGCUGACCAAGAUUGACAAUCUGCAUAAAUAUCCACCUCUGCCGUUCAAUCUAGCCUUCUACACCGAGGUCCAAGACCUCGAAUACCUCCUGCCCAGCCUCGAGCAAGAAAAUUCCUUGUUUGGACAGGGAAAGUUCCAAGCUCUCAAUGAGGCGAUUGUGAAUCUGGUUGAGGAGUUUGGACUGGUCGGAUUUGAGACGCUGGCCGUCGAGGAUAAGAAGAGUAUGAUGUCCCUGUUAAGGACGAUCGAUCGGGCAGGGGGCUAUGCGUUUGGGAGUGCAGAGGGCGCAGGCGACACUGUGUGGCAGGUGGCGGUGCGAGAAGGACUAGGGACGCUGGAUGUUAGAGAUGUGCAGGAACGGUGGAUUGACAAUAAAGAUGAAUGGGAUGAGAAAGAGGCAAGAGAAUGGGAGGAAGAACAGAAGAGACGGGAAGAGGAAUUCAACGCCAAUGCUGCCACACAGGGGUUCGACCCAGAUAUGGAUCUCGAGGGAUUCGAUCCUGGGAACAUACCAUUCGAUAGUGGCGUGAAGGUUGUGCGCACUCAAAAGAAGGAUGCGAAACCUUCUUGA